CCUCACGCGAUGGACGAAGGUGGCACAGGCGAUCCACGGCCAAUCCACGUCUAUAUAAACCAUCUUCGCGUCUUUGCCACCCUCCCCAACUUUGUUCCCUCCGUUCAUCUCUACCAUGGCGUCUCUUCUCUCUACUGCCACUCAAGCCGCACAUUCAGCCGCAGUCUCGCUCAUGACCGCGGCAGAGGUCAAGCCUGGCUCUACCAUCCCCACGAAAGUUCCGGUGAAGGAGGAGGAAGCAGCGAAAACGUUUACGCUUGAGGGAAUAAAGGGAAGAAACGUAUUUGUCGGUGUGCCCGGAGCGUUCACUGGGACGUGCAGUGCACAGAUCCCCGGAUACAUCAAGGCCUAUGACCAGUUCAAGCAGAAGGGCAUUGACAAUGUCUAUGUUGUUGCUGUGAACGACGUCUUCACACUGAAAGCAUGGAAGGAGCAACUCGCCCCCGGCGGAACGCCCAUUCACUUCGUCGCGGAUGAUAAGGGCGCGUUCGUUGGCUCCCUCGGCAUGCUCUUCGAUGCGUCGGAACUACUCGGUGCGCCGCGAUCGAAGCGUUUCGUGCUUGUGACUGAGGGCGAUACUGUCACUCACGUCGCCGUGGAGCCCGUCACGUCCCAGUUGACCAUCUGCGCAGCGGACAAGAUACUGCCUCUGCUCUAGACGAAAGACUUCCGUGUGCAGAAGAUUGACCAGACACAAGUGUAAUAUUAGGUAUGAAAGCGCAGAAUAGACUGCGUCGCAGGUGACUUCAGCUUCACGCAAUAAAUCACCAUGGGUGGUGAGUCAGGCUGUCGUUUCCAGAUCUCAGCGACAACCCCGGUAGGGAAGGGAAGGGAAACUAAACUUAGACAUUCCGGUAUUCACAUGCAGCAUACAGAAGAAC